AUGCGUAAUGAAUCACCUGCUGUCGAGAUUUCCACCGAGGAAUUGGAGGAGGGACUCUCCGCGGAGAAGCAACAAGAACAACAAUUGAUGAGCAAACUGCAGAAUCAAGGGAAGCUGCCUGCUCGACCGGCCUCAAAUUUUUUGCAGAAGAAACUUCAACAGCGCAAGUUCUUCGACUCGGGCGACUAUGCGAUGGACAAAAGCAAGCAAGCGGCUGCCGGCCCACCAAAGCCUCAUCCUCUAGCUGCGCCAAAUCAGCCUAUACCUAAACCCAAGGUCGUUUCACCAAUCGGACCGCCACCCAAGUCACCAGAACCGUCGGAUGUGCUAGAAGAAGGACUCACCAUUCCACGACCCGACAAUGUGCCACAACGAAAGGCGUCGAUCAUCAAUCCGGGAAUGCACUCAAAACUUUCACCACAACCACUCAUCCAUCACGAGAGCCAUUCGGAGAUGCCAGAAGUC